CUUAUGUGAAAUUGAGAUAUUUUUUUCUGCCUGACGAAGAAAAAAAAAAUACGUUAAAAAGUAUCCUCCAGCUUUUUUCCAAUUAGACAAAAGCUGUACAGUCUACUUUGAAUGAUAAAUAAUUAAACAAGGUUUGCGAGACAUAAUCAAAACACACAAUGUCGGAAAGCAUCAUAGAAAUUGAUCCAGAACUAGCUAAACGUUUGUUGAUUGAAGGAGGAACUUUAAUUAUGCUGGACGUACCAACUGGAACUGAUUUUGGCAUUGACAUCAAGUCGUGGAACAGCGGCGAAAAUUUCAAGGGCAUAAAAAUGAUACCUCCAGGAUUUCACUUUGUACAUUAUAGUGCUACAGAUGAUUACGGAGAGUCUGCACCUCGAGUUGGAUUUUUCCAUUUCUUUAGCAGGUCUGAAUUUGUUGUGAAAAAAUGGGAUCCAAAAAUUGAGGAUAUCAGUUUGGAAGCUGUACCUGAAGAAACUGUGCAAAGACUGAAAAGCAACUUACUAGAACUUGAUAGAUACCUUGGAGCAUAUCCUUACGACAUGUGGAAACAGUGGAAAGAGCUGACAGAUAAAAUAGACAAAUCCCUCGUAGAAAGAUGUAAUCCAAAGUCUGGGUACGUGCGCUCUGCGUUGGAAUUAAUAAAUUAUGAUGAUGCCACGAGACCACGAGGUGGUGAGCCGAGUAAAAAAAGAAAAAGAGGCUCAGGUCUAACUCUUGAAGAAAGAGAAAAGGAACUGCUGCCUGAUCUUAAACCUAAACCAGGAACAGAGCUUAGGUUGACAGAGUUGCCACAAAAAUUUUAUCCCGAUGAUGCUACACCAGCUGAAAUUACAAGGCACUCACUCGACACAAGUUAUGCACUCGAUCUUAUGCUUAACAAAUUGAAAGAUCCAAUGGAAAUAAUUGGUGAACUGCAGCUAACGUUUGUAUGUUUCUUAGCGGGUCAAAGUCUGGAUUCAUUUGAACACUGGAAAGCUCUAAUUUCUUUAAUCUGCAAAGCAGAUUCUUUAAUUGAAAGAAGAAGAGCCAUUUACGUUGAAUUUUUUAAAGUGCUGGAAGUUCAAUUGUCUCACGUUCCUGAAGAAGUCUUAUGUGACAUUGUCGCUAGUAAUAACUUUGUUUAUCAUAACUUGAGAAAAUUGUUUGCCAACAUUGAAGAAAAUUCACAAGUUGACGACAGAUUAAAGAGCUUAGCUAGUCGAAUGAAAGAUAAACUUACAAAAAAAUUUUUGUGGGAUUUUAAAAAUUUGCUAGAUGAAGAAGACGAUGAAGCACCUGUUGUAGUUUCAAUGGACUGA